AUGUCCUCGUCUUCCUCCAUCAACCCCCAAUCACCGGGCCUGAAGAUCUACUUCAAGACUCCCGAGGGGCGAUACAAGCUGCAAUACGAGAAGAGUCAUCCCUCGGGGCUCCUCCACUACUCGCAUGGCAGAACCCCAUCUCAGGUUGUUGGAAAGAGAAAUGAAAGCAGUUUGACUCAUAAAUUGAGCCGCGAUAAGGCUGGCGAUUAGGAUUGCUUUCUUGCUCAUGCAUCUGAUUCUUGAUAAAAUCGGCGAUUUUUUCAGGUGACACUCGCUCAUCUCAAGGAGAAACCGGCCGCCCAGACACCUGCCACGCCGUCGACCCCGAGCUCUAGCGCUGGAGUGAGGUCAGCGGCCGUGAGGUGGCUUGGAGGUGGAAAUGGCACCCGGGCUCUUGGCUUUGUUGGGGGCAAUGGUGCCGGAAAAGUGGUAACGGGGGGCAGCAGGAUCGGGGGCACCCUAGGGUCGUCGACUGCAGGAUCUAACAGCUCCCCUUCCACAUCGAAUUACGAUGGUAAGGGGACAUAUCUGAUCUUCAAUGUCGGGGAUACACUCUUCAUCAGCGACUUCAAUUCCCAGGAUAAGGUAUUGCCUCCUGUCAGUGAACUUUUUUUUUUUUUUUUUUUUUUUGAGACUGAGGUAUUCUUCGGGUAAUUGAUCUUUGCUCUCUUUUUUUCGUUUCACCAAUUUAGGAUCCUAUUAAGUCGGUACAUUUCAGCAACUCGAACCCAGUGUGUCAUACUUUUGACAACGAAGCUAAGGAUGGGCACGAUUUACUCAUUGGGUUGGCCUCUGGAGAUAGUGAGAUCUGGUUCUUAGUUUCUUGUCUUCUGAGUUCCCAAGUCUCACAUAUUUUCUUAUAUAUUGCUGUUUCGUGCAUAUGAUGUGUCAGUCUACUCAGUGUCGCUGAGACAGCAAUUGCAAGAUGUUGGAAAGAAGCUCGUGGGAGCUCACCAUUACAACAAGGAUGGCUCCACCAAUAACAGGCAAGUCUGAAUUUCUGUAUGGGUACUGAUUUAUUCUUUUGUAUUUUACGUUUCUUUGUCACGGAAUCUGCACUUGGCUGAAAACAACAAUUCCCUGCGAUCUGCAUGUAAAGUCAUGGACUAAUAAAUGGAAAUGCGUCCUAUUUACUGUAUUAUGCACCCUCUCCUCUGGUGGACUGGUUAGUAUUGAUCACAACAAUAGGCAGGUAUUGCAGUGUGUUGUCUCUUCUAAAAUGUGUACUCUGGUUUUGUGUCUUAAAUGAUAUCAAGCGGGUUGAGUCCUAUUCCUUUCCUAGCCCUUUUGUAGAGAAUUAGACUAAAUGCACAUCUCAUUGGUUUUUCUUCUGCACGUCUCAAAUAUUUUGUUCAGAAGAUAGUACUGUUACUCCAUAUUAAAAAAAAAAAAACUUUUGAAGAUUGUAUGCUAAAAAUUGCCACAUAAUGAGCUAUCACUGGGUCUGAAAGAAUAGGGUUAUCAACUAAUCUGAAAGAACUAAAAGCAGCAAAUAAUACACUUGAUUUCAAGUUUAUAUUUUCUCAGCAUUUGUCUACGUUAUUGGUCGUUCAGAUCUUUUACGCUAAUAUUUAGAAAGGAUGGGAUAUGGGGCCAGUCAGGAAGCAUAUUAUAGAAAAACCUGGACUACUAGGUAUUCAUUGUUUUCAUUAUGACUUCGUGCUCUGCUUUUCAAGUGUUGUUAUGAUUUCCUAGUUUUCUGUUCAAUGUUUUCUGAAAAAUUCAUUUUAUAUACACGUAAUGGAUUAUUGCGACCUUAUAUAUUAUAUACCCCAUAAUUACAAGUUCCGGGUUAUUGCGUCAUUCAAUCUUCCAUAGGCACGCAAUUUUGGUCAAAUCUCAAAAAGGAAUUCCAACUGAGUAUUGAUCACGUAAAAGCAUGUAGAUCAGAGUUUAUGAUUCUGUAAAACUGUUGGGUUUUUCACGUAUGUAUUCUUUUAGGUGAUUGGGGGAGGCCGAGGGCAUAUCAUAAUUGUAAUCGGAAAAUAUAAUUUUGUUCCUUGACAAGUUGUUUUUAACAUAGAGUUGAUUUUGUUUUUUCAGAACUCAUAGUUUAAUCCAUUUUAUGCCUUUUAUCAUAUUGCAUUAUUAAAUGAGGCACGACCAUCCGCUAACUUGUAUCCAAAAGGUAUGGUACUUUCUGACUUGGAGUUGACCUUUACUUCUUUUCCUGCAGCCGAUGCAUGUGUCUCUCCUGGGUGCCUGAAGGUGACGGUGCAUUCGUUGUUGCUCAUGUUGAUGGAAAUCUAUAUAUUUAUGAAAAAGUGAGCCAAAUAGUUUUUUUUAAUCAAUUCUCUCUUUAAGCAUUUGUCUUGACUUGGAACUAAGAAAAGAUAUGCUUCUUGUCUAGUCAAAAGAUGGCACUGCGGACUCCUCAUUUCCAGCUGUCAAAGAUCAAACUCAGUUUUCUGUUGCACAUGCUCGAUCAAGUAAGGUAAUGACCUUCCACUUUUCACUUUAAUUUCAUUUUUUUGCCAAACAGCUCCUAUGAGAACAUGCUCGGAGAUUUUAUUUAUUUUCUUUUUUGGUAAAACUUGUGCACAUUCAAUUUUUUCUUCAAUAAAUUUACCCAUCACUUUACAAAGUAGGCAAUAAUAAAGGUUUUGAGGACUUAACCAUAAAAAAUGAAAGAAACCAAGCAAUCUUAUGCCUGGAUCUUAAUUCAUAUGGAUACGUGUCUUUAUUUUGUGAAUCUCCUUUUGCUUUUAAAAAAAUUGAUAAUAUGGGCAGGUACAUGCCGCACGUGCGAUUCAAAUAAUUUUCUUGGGAGUUUGAUUCUUCCUGUUGUUACUGUAGAGUUUAAAUUAAAUUUUGACAUCUUUCUUACGUGAGAAUAGGCCAGUUAAUAGCAAGAGUUAACUAAUGCUGAUCAUUUUCUUUUAAUAUAUUAUCAUGACCUGGUAUACUGUCUAUUUUCACCAGCCAAAUGUUGACUCAGAUACUCGUAUUUUUGCUCUCUACUGUCUUAGGCUGGACCUGCAUAAGAAAAUGCAUUGAAAAAUGCUGGUUUUCUCUUCCCCCACAGAUUUCCUACAUCGAUUUUAUUUCUCAGAUAUUUGUGUCCAUCUUCUAUAAUACUCACCGUGGUAGCCAUUUUAUCCAAUAUCACUUGUCUAUAUUUAUUACCUGAAAUUGCUUCAGAAUUAUCCUGAUAUGUCUAUUUUCCAUGUUCCUUUAUUUUUUUUGAGAAUGAAUCCUAUUUCAGAUACUAUUUGAAAGAAAUAUUAUUCCUGAUACGACGAAAGUGUGUAGGAAAAAAAACUUGAGGAUUUAAAUAAAAUGAUUUUGGGUACUAGUCACAGCUGAUAACAACAGCAAGAGGGACGAAUUCUGGUUUACUACAAUAUCUGGCUAUCUACUCAGCAACCUGGGGAUUGUGUCAAAGCCUGGUCUAGAUUAGUGCAGACUGUAAACAGAUAGUAGUUUCCCCUCACAUAUUUUCAUCAUGUAAUUCUUCAUUUGCUCAUGCAACCUGAAAAACUUCACAGAUAGUAGUUUCCGCUCACAUAUUUUCAUCAUGUAAUUCUUCGUUUGCUCAUGCAACCUGAAAAACUUCAUUGACUUUCUUCUCUAUGUCUAAUAAGCACGAUUGUAAAUUUAUUUUCGAGCAACAAAUGGAAAAGCAGGCUAAUCUUUUUUAAAAAAAUGUUUCCCAAUUUUGAUUGACCUUUCCUAACUUUUGGUGCCUCUGAACAUUAUCUCAUCCCAUUGAGUCUUGUUUUUUACAUUAACUGAACAGGAAUUAUUCCUUUAUUUGGCAAAUGUAUCUAGGUUUAGACUAUGAAUUUGACGGCUGCUAGUUGGGAUGCCAAUAUAUUUCUGCUCGAGUAAUUACUUUAUCAUUCUAUAAAUGAAAUCUCGUUCAGAGUCUAUAUACUUGAGAUUUUUUUUUGAAAAUUUGGCUGCAGCUGUGCUAUCUCUUGACUUCUCAUGCUUCACUUGCAGAGCAAUCCUAUUGCUAGGUGGCAUAUUUGUCAAGGUUCGAUCAAUAGCAUCUCAUUCUCAGUGGAUGGAGCAUAUUUGGCCACUGUGGGGAGAGAUGGUAAUUUGAUUUGAAAUAAUGGGAAAUUGAUCGAUAUUAUAUAUUACAUACUGUUUCUGUAAUAGCAGUGCCGUUUUUGCAGGUUUCUUGAGAGUAUUUGAGUAUCCAAAGGAGCAACUAAUAUUCGGUGGAAAAAGUUAUUACGGUGCACUUUUAUGUUGUGCAUGGAGGUAAUGAAACUUUUUAGCUCGAAAUGUCAGUUUCGUACUAUUUUUAUCAAAUACCUAACAGGGGAUUCGUCAUCAUAAUCUAUCCUCAAGGAGCUUUGUAGCCCAGUUUUUGCUCUCAUCUGACAGUCAUUCAUUUUAUGUUAUUGAUUUAUUUUUUUAAAAAUUGUGCAAAUGACCCGCAGUCUGGGGGAAUAAAGCUUUAUUUUAAAUUACUGAAUAUAAAAGCUGAUUCUCAGCUCGGAUGGAAAAUACAUCUUGACUGGGGGUGAAGAUGAUCUGGUACAAGUUUGGAGCCUGGAGGAUCGGAAGGUUAUCGCAUGGGGUGAGGGACACAAUUCAUGGGUAUGUGUUAUGUUACGCUCCGCACUGUACUUGAUUCCUGUCUUAUAGUGACUACUCAGAGGGCAUCAUCCGUUUUCCAGGUCAGUGGCGUUGCGUUUGACCCUCACUGGACUCCGCCAUCUUCGGAUGGCACGGGAGAAAAUGUUAUGUAUCGAUUUGGAUCUGUUGGUCAGGUACAGCCUUCUUCUUUGCUAUGUUUAUCCCUUGAUUAUUGGCCUGUGGAUUAGAUGCAUGAGACACGGGACAGGCACUAGCAAGUGGGAGGAAAUGAGAAAUGAGUGAGAAGAGAUGAGACCACUGGCCCUGAAGCUGUCACAUUCUUCUUCUUCUUCUUCUUCUAUGAUCAUCAUUUAUCUUCAAUAGUUCUCUUCUGCACCGCACCCUUGUAGAGGAUUUUCAGGUGCUAGACCUAGACCAGCACACCACUUGAUCUGAAAGGGAAGGUAGUUCGACAGAUUCACCACAAAUAAAUCGUUGACUUUAUGUCUGCCAUAAAUGAGUUGCAUAAGUGAGGAAUGGCUGCCAGACUCUCCUCAUAUUUAUCUUCUGAACACAAGGACGAUCAAUUUAUUCUUCAACCCUUGUAGAGGAGUUUCAGGUGCUAGACCUAGACUAGCUUUAUAAGAAUGAUUUCAAUCACACCAUUUCAUCUGCAAGGAAAGGUGGUCGGACAAAUUCACAACAAAUAAAUCGUUGACUUUAUGUCUUCCAUAAAUGAGUUGCAUAAGUGAGGAAUGGCCGCCAGACUCUCUUCAUAUUUAUCCUCUGAACGCAAGGAUGAUCAGUCAGUUCUUCAACCCUUGUAGAGGAGUUUCAGGUGCUAGACCUAGACUAGCUUUAUAAGAAUGAUUUCAAUCACACCAUUUCAUCUGCUAGGAAAGGUAGUCCGACAGAUUCACCACAAAUAAAUCGUUGACUUUAUAUCUGCCAUAAAUGAGUUGCAUAAGUGAGGAAUGGCCGCCAGACUCUGCUCAUAUUUAUCCUCUGAACGCAAGGAUCAUCAGUCAGUUCUUCAACCUUUGCUUGCUGGGUCUUAAGCACCACCAAGAAUGGGCGCAAAUCAUUUUCCAACACUGGUUGAGAAGCUUUAAUCGGUUUUCAAAUACUAUUUCUGUACACAAUAAGCAGAUUUAAAUACUUGCAUCAGAUAUAUCCAUAUUUCUUGAGAGGAAACCUUGUUAAUUUAAUCGAUAUUUCAUAAAUCCUAGAUCAUGACAACCACAAAUAAUCAAAACUGGAUGAUUUUUUUAAUCGGUGAUUUACUUCCCAUGAACUCGAGGAGAAUCUUUUGUUUCAUUAUUAUUAUUAUUAUUAUUAUUAUUUUCCAGGAUACGCAGCUGCUUCUGUGGGACCUGGAGAUGGACGAGAUCGUCGUGCCCAUCAGGCGUCCCCCCGGCGGAUCCCCCACGCUGAGCAGCGGAAGCCACUCGACCCACUGGGACAACGCCUGCCCUGUGGGCACCCUCCAGCCGGCCCCGAGCAUGAGAGACGUGCCAAAGCUGUCUCCUUUAGUUGCCCACCGUGCACACGUGGAGCCUCUCUCGGGCCUGAUAUUCACAGGCGAAUCAGUGCUCACCAUCUGCCGAGAAGGGCACCUGAAGAUCUGGGCCCGGCCCGAGAGAGCCGAAGUCAACCCUCCCCCGACCAGUGCCGAGGCCGUCUUGGCCACUUCCAUCCCCAAGGAGAAGCCGCUGACGCCGUCAGCUCUCAAGGCAAGUGGCGGUUCGAGUUUCAAGCAGCCGCCGGCCAUUCUGACUCAGGACUGA